GCAGCAGGAGCAGCCGCAGCAGGAAGUCUUGCAGUGAGGAUGGUCUUUAUCGGUCUGAGUUUAUUUGUGGAACAUGUUUUAAGUCUCCACAGAAUUAUCAGAUGGAUCUUUGUUCUCUCUCAUUCUCUGUUUGCGUUAUGAUUGUCUGUCUGCUCGGAGCCGCGCACUGCUCCAACAGCGAUAACAGCAACUGUCCAUGUUCAGAAAUUGCUCCAAUUCCUCUAACUAAACCUCCACCAGAGACCUGUUUUAAAAGCACUUUUCGCUACACAUGUGAAGACGGUUAUGUUAGGAAAGUGGGAACCUCAAGCCUCAUCAAAUGCAAGCAAAAUAACGGUGUUCUACAGUGGACCAAGCCCUCCCUCAACUGUAUACCUGAUCCGAAGAGAACCACAACACAACCACCAGAGAGCACAGUCACAAAGGGUGUCACUGAUAUUCCCCAGGACUUCAACAUUACCACCACAAUCACACCAGCUUCCACCAGCCUACAGUUGACCCAGAGUGGAAGCAUCUCAGCUUCAGGUGCUACAGAAACAAACAGAGCAGAGCCAACCUCACCUGGUGUGCAGUCAGCUCACUCACAAGAUUUUGUGAAGGAGACCAAAGCAACAGACCGGACAACAUCAACCUCAACCACCAUUGAGCCUUUCGAUAACAGGACAGUUAAUCCUCAUGUGUCCAACUCCACUGAACACAUACUUGGCAAAACAACAGCAGUGGUGAUCAUCUGCGUUUCAUUGGUGAUCAUCUGUGUUUUCAUCGGAAUCAGCUACUUAUGUUAUAGAAGGUAAGAAAAAAAAAU